GAGCUAGCAGCGAUAGGAUUCACUCCACGCGCCAUCAGCACCAACAACCUGCAGCCUGCCCCUCCAUCCUCACCUCUCUCUCUCUCCAGCGCGCGCCUGCCUUCCCAGGACGCACACUGGCGCUUUCGCCGUCUGUCUUCUCCCCCACCCGUCGCAAGGUGCGCAGGUGCGUCCCCACGGCGGCGAGUCCCCGCUCUGCGCUUGGUUGAUUAUGGUCACAACCCCCGCGGUGCCAAGGUGGAGUCACCGCGCGUAUCUCGGAUCGGUGCGCUUCUCCAGGGGCUGGGAUGCGCACCGGGCACCUCUCGCUUCCUGCCUAGUUUUGGGUCCGAGCAGGACUCGAGCUCUGCCCCGGGGCGCCGGAGCAGGAGGACCCAGUCGACCCGGAGCAGGAUGCCGGUGAUGAGAGGGCUGCUGGCCCCGCAGAACACCUUCCUGGACACCAUCGCCACCCGCUUCGAUGGCACCCACAGCAACUUCGUCCUGGGGAACGCCCAGGUGCAGUCGCUGUACCCCAUCGUCUACUGCUCCGACGGCUUCUGUGAGCUCACCGGCUACGCCCGCGCCGAGCUCAUGCAGAAGAGCUGCGCCUGCCACUUCCUGUACGGCACGGAGACCAGCGACCGCCUGACGGCGCAGAUCCAAGGGGCCCUGGACGAGAGGACGGAGUUCAAGACCGAGCUGGUGUUCUACAAGAAGGAAGGAGCACAGUUCUGGUGUCUUCUGGACAUUGUACCGAUUAAAAAUGAAAAGGGUGAAGUGGUUCUGUUCCUCGUGUCCCACAAAGACAUCACCGACAAGAAGAAGGACCAGGAUUCUGAGCAAGGACCUGACACAGAUGAAGAGACGGGUCUGAAGGUGCAUCAGGUAACUCGGCCCCCGGGCUUCAACGCCAACCGGCGCCGCAGCAGAGCCGUCCUGUACCACCUGUCGGGACACCUGCAGAAACAAGACAAGAGCAAACUGAAGCUCAACAACAACAUGUUCGGCGAGAAGCCUCCCAUCCCGGAGUACAAGGUGGCGGCCAUCCAGAAGUCCCGCUUCAUCCUGCUCCACUACGGCACCUUCAAGGCCGGCUGGGAUUGGCUGAUCCUCCUGGCGACCUUCUACGUGGCCGUCACCGUGCCCUACAACGUGUGCUUCGCGGUGGUGGGAGGGCGGGACGAGGGGAGCGGCGGCACCGCCCCCCGGAACCCGCCCAGCGUCAGCGACAUCCUGGUGGAGAUCCUCUUCAUUUUAGACAUUCUGCUCAACUUUCGAACCACCUUUGUGAGCACGUCGGGUCAGGUUGUGUUCGACGCCCGCUCCAUCUGCGUUCACUACGUCACCACCUGGCUCUUUGUCGAUCUCAUUGCCGCCCUGCCCUUUGACCUGCUGUACGCUUUCAACAUCAGCGUGUACUUUGGUGUCCACCUGCUGAAGACCGUCCGGCUGCUGCGGCUGCUGCGCCUGCUGCAGAAGCUGGAGCGCUACUCGCAGUACAGCGCCGUGGUGCUCACGCUGCUGAUGUCCAUGUUCGCCCUGCUGGCCCACUGGAUGGCCUGCGUCUGGUACUUCAUAGGUCGCAAGGAGAUGGAAAGUCCCGCCUCCUGGGAUGUUGGUUGGCUCCAUGAGCUGGCCAAGCGUCUUGGGACGCCCUACUUCCUGCCCUCCUUGACGUCUCCGGUGCCCGUCGCCGCCAGCGGCUUCCCGGCCAACGGCAGCCAGUGGAACGUGUCGGGGUCAGAGGUCGGCGGGCAAGGCCCUUGGAACUCCAGCCAGUACCACGGAAACGCGUCCGGAGGCGAGGCGGCGGCGGCGGGGACGGGCGGCGGGAGCUUCGGGGUGCUGGGCGGCGGCCCGUCGAUGCGUAGCAGCUACGUGACGUCGCUCUACUUUGCUCUGAGCAGUCUCACCAGCGUGGGGUUCGGAAACGUGUCGGCCAACACGGACUCUGAGAAGAUCUUCUCCAUCUGCACCAUGCUCAUAGGAGCGCUGAUGCACGCCGUGGUCUUCGGCAACGUGACGGCCAUCAUCCAGAGGAUGUACUCGCGCCGCUCGCUCUACCACACCCGCACCAAGGACCUGAAGGACUUCAUCCGGGUGCACCGGCUGCCCAAAGCCUUGGAGCAGCGCAUGCUGGAGUGUUUCCAGACCACCUGGUCGGUCAACAACGGCAUAGACGUCAGCGAGCUACUGAAGGACUUCCCCGACGAGCUGAGGGCCGACAUCGCCAUGCACCUGAACAAGGAGCUGCUCCAGCUGCCGCUGUUCGAGUCGGCCAGCCGGGGCUGCCUGCGCUCCCUGUCGCUCAUCAUCAGGACCUCCUUCUGCGCGCCGGGCGAGUUCCUCAUACGGCAGGGAGACGCCCUGCAGGCCAUCUACUUUGUGUGCUCCGGCUCCAUGGAGGUCCUGAAGGACAACACGGUGCUGGCCAUACUGGGUAAAGGUGAUCUGAUCGGCUCGGACUCGCUGACGAAGGAGCAGGUGAUCAAGACCAACGCCAACGUCAAGGCGCUGACCUACUGCGACCUGCAGUACAUCAGCCUGAAGGGCCUCCGCGAGGUCCUGCGCCUCUACCCCGAGUACGCCCAGAAGUUCAUCAGCGAGAUCCAGCACGACCUCACGUACAACCUGCGGGAGGGCAACGGGGCCGACGUGGACUGGGAGAGCAACGGCGGCCUGGUGAAGAAGCUGCCGUCGAUCCGCGAGGACGAGGAGGGGGGGGGCGACGACCCGCCGAACUCGGUGUCGCGCGCGCCGCGCUCCCCGCUGCGCCUCGGCCGCGGGCUCAACUCGCCGCUGCGCUCCCCUCUCCUGCAGCCGAGGCCGUUCCGCGCGCCCUCCGAGCACGGCCGCCCCGCCACGCUGCAGAUCCCGGUGGUCAGCUUCUGCAGCGCACCGUCCGAGCUCAGCCCGAGAUUCGUGGAUGGCAUCGAAACUGAGAGCAACUCCACCUCCUCACAGAAGUUUGAGUUCAGUCCCAGUAUGUCACCUAUUGCUCCGCCCUCUCCGUACCCAGGAAUCCGUGAGCACUCAGAGAUCAAGCAGAGUGUGUCCAAACUAACUGAAGAGAUGAACAGCCUCUCCAAACAGGUCUUCACGCUCAGCCAGGAGCUGCAGGAAAUGACGCGUCUGCUCAAGCCCCUCCUCCAAACUGCCCCGCAGCCAAUCCUGAUGACCAUGAUGCCAAAUUGGACGCCGCCCCCGAGCAGCGCCGGCCAGCUGUCGACGGGCACCGGUCACGUGGUGCCGCCCGCCGCCACGCCCCGUCCCCCCCAGAGGCCUGGCACCCAUUCCCUGUUGGACAGCGGGGACACGGAGGGCGUGGAUUUGCCAGGGUGCCUUCUCCCGACUCCCCAUUCACCAAAGACGCUUCACUCUCCUUGGGCGUCGCCGCAGCGCCCGUCCGAACCCCCCCGGGGGGCCGACGUCAAGGGCCCCAACCUCUCCCCCAUGUCCUCCCCGGACGAAGGUCUUCCCGAUGGAGUCCUCCGAAACCUCCGCGCCUCCUCCAGUAACGGGAUAUAUCUGCCCUCGCUGCAGGACCAGGACCUGCACCCCCCGGCGUCUCACACCCCUUCCCCCUCCCUCUCCUUCUCCAUGUCCCUCUGCUCCUCGCCGUCCCUCUCCCCCUGCCGGGGCCCCCACCCACCUGGCGGCCGAGACAGCAGAGGCCUGCUGCCUCCGCCUCCCUCACAGGACACUCCCCCUCCUCCCCCCCCGUCCUGCCACUGCUCGGCUCCCCCCUCGCUCACGUCCUCCCCCGGAGUGCGUCAGCUGAGACCUUCCCGCUCCGUCCCCCCACCUGUCCCCCGUCCCCUGCCCUCGUCUCUGGACUUUGUCAGUGCCCGCAGAAGGCAGAGGGACACCCAGAAUGCACCUUGGCGUACCUCGCAGCCGCUCGGCGGGGGGGCCCGGCCCGCCGCUCGGCCCCAGGAGCUGGAGAUGCACGAGUGGCGGCGCCAGGCGGAGGAGGCCGAGUCCUCCACGGAGCACAUCAGCUUCAUCGACGAAGAGGAGCCGGCGUUGUGAAACGGCUCCAAAACUGCGAGGCGACAAAAAGGAGGAAGAAAGAAAAAAAAAAA